CGUCGGUGCAUCGUUUUGUGCCUUAGCAGAAAGAAAACAGAAUAAAAGUCGCCGCUUUCGAUUUAAGUCGCAUUCGCUUCUUGAAACUUCGACCGGAUUGCUUCUCGCUUCAAAAUAUUGUGGAUUUAAUACAAGUAGCUUGAAGUAACACCUGUUAUAAGAAUAAAGUUAAAUUCUAUACAGAAUAAAUAUUAAAUAACAACUUCUGCAGUCCAGUACCAGAAUUUCACAUUGAUUUAACAAGACACUCGUAGACUUUACAACCUUUGUUAAGCUGAAGUUGAGCUACAGAAAAUGGGACCCGUGCACAUAGUUCUGAUAAUUCAUUUGGCCAUGUUGUCUUAUGGGUACACCACAGCAAGAACUGUGGACCUAGUUGAUUAUGAUGACAACUCACCUGUGCUCUGCCCACCUGAUAAUUAUUUCAACACAGAACAGGAAGCCUGCAUGGUGUGUUCUGAAUGUCCAAUGAACAAAAUCAUCACCAGCCCCUGCCACAGGUUUCAAGACACCAUCUGUGGGCCCUUCUAUGAGCUGCCUGACAUUGAGGUGUCAGCUGAGAAUGAUUCAGUCAGCUCAGAACUGGAUAACCAACAAAUCCAACGCAACGUUCAGAAAUCCGCUGGUCAUAGCGAUGAGACCGUGGAUGCGGAAUCGUCACAGUGGCAUUCGCUUGCAGUUAAUCUGACUCUGCUAAUCUCUGGAUUCGUUAUCAUUAUCGUGGCGAUUAUCGUGGGAGGGGUGUGUUUUGUGAAGAGGAGGUUAAUGAGGGAGAAACAGCUGAGUUGUGAGUACAGCCCCCCACCCGGGAGGGCGGCAGAGCAGGAGUGUUGAUCUGAACUUUGACCUUGUUGAAUUGUGAUGCUGAAGUGAUGGUUACCUCUUGGUAUUUUUGGGGAAUUGCUGCUUCAAUAAGUUCAAUGGUUUUACCUCUUGGUAUUUUUGGGGAAUUGCUGCUUCAAUAAGUUCAAUGGUUUAUAAUUUUUUUUUACACUGGUUUAACUUCUCUAAACUAAUUAGUAAUUACAUUAAUUAAAGUGUGUUGUUUUGAAAUUUGUUUCCUGCAUGUGCUGCAGAAAAGAUCUUACUUUUUAAAAAAAAUUAUGUUUUUUAGUUUACUUCUUGGUGAAGCCAGUCUCACUGUUGUAAGCCUAGAGGUCUUAUAUUGUGGUGUGAGCUUAAGUCUCACUAUUACUUACGUUCACUAGUUCUUUUUAACUUUAGAUAAGAAAAGGGCAUUUCUUUAGUCCAGUUUUAUUUUACAAGUUUCAUUUCUUUUUUUUUUAAACUGUUUAUUUUAUAACAUAAUCUCUUAAUUGUUAAGAUAUUCCUUGUAUUUUUGAAUACCUUAUUGCUUUAGCUCCUGGUAUUUAUCUAAGCUCUGUGUAUAUUAAGCUCCUGGUAGACUGUUUAAAACAGGAAAAAUGUUUUUAGCUCCACAUAUUUUUUACCUUCACUGUGGUAAAUCAGAUGCAAUUAUUCUUUCUUCAAUUUAAAAAAAAAAAAUUUAAUUAUUCAUCAUGCUUUGUCCAUGUGAAAUGGUUCAUAGCAACACAUUUAAAUAAAUUAAACGAGUAUUUUAAAAAGUAUUUGUAAUUUUAAAUUGCUCACAAUUUUAAACACUGCAGGAGAGAAGAAAUAAGUUUCUCACUAUAAAGCUGUGUACUGAAUUUGUAAAUACUUAUGUUUAUAAUCUUUAAGUUAUUAACUAUUUAUUUGGAGAGAAUUAUUAUUUUAUUUUAUAUUUAGAGGGUUUCAACUUAGAAAAGUUUUAGAUUUUAUUUUUCUUUAAUGGAAAUAUUGAUGUGGAUGGGGUGUUGUAGACAAUGAUGUGAAAAAUAGUCAUUGGUAUAAAAUGUGAUAUCAAUUUAUAUGAAAUAAAUGGUGAAUUUUUGACUCUGUGGUGGUAGAUGAGUUCAUGCUUGCGAUGCAUGUGUCUUUAUGUGGUUGGUGUUUGAACAAUUAACGUAAGGUUUGAUAAUGAAGCAAAUGUUUAUUCCUAGUCUGAUAGAUGUGGUGGAUGCUUUCAUGCUUGCAAUAUGUGUGUCUGUAUACGUGAUUGAUGCGUGAAUAAUUAAUGUAAGGUUUGAUAAUGAAUCAAGUGUGUAUUCCUAGUCCGAUAGAUGUGGUAGAUGCUUGCAAUAUGUGUGUCUGUAUAUGUGAUUAAUGAUUGAAUAAUUGACAUAUGGUUUGAUAAUGAAGCAAGUGUGUAUUCCUAGUCUGCGAGAUGUACAAUAUGUAUAUAACACUGUAUACAGUUUUUUCAAAUGAAUAACAUUACCAGUAUUAAGACCUGAGCUAAUCAGGUUUGUUUCAGACCAAGAUCUGGUCUAUCAAAUUCCAUUUUUUUAUUUACUCUUUAUAUUGUUCAUGUUGGCCAAAUAUUUUAAAAUGUUAUGAAUAAUAAACAUGUUUUGUUUUCGAAUGAAAAUAAAGAAUUUUUUAA